ACUAUAACUAUAUUAAAAAAUUGGUAUGAACCCCGAAUGGGGGUUUCACCAACUGGGAUGCUCUAAGGGGUUAUAUCAUCACAUCAAUGGGGUCCUUAUGAGAGAUAUUUUGAGAGAUGUCUUUCUUCUCAGCCUCUUAUCAAAAUGGCGCUCAAAGUGGGUACCCCUCUGACCACAAAGGCCAAUCCUCUCACACUCUCCAUUCUCCCACGUGUGUACCCCACUCUCUCAACCAAUCCUUCUGUUUCAGACCAAUCUCAAAGAGAUUAUUAGUCUGUUUACUAGACUUACAGAAACAGUAGAGACUAGUAUUUUCAUCUUGAGAAGUGAGGAGUCUGAUUAGCCUGUUUACUAGACUUACAGGAAUAGUAGAGACUAGUCCUUUGAGCUUGAAAAGUGAAUAGUCUUGUAGAUUUUGUGUUGUGAAGAAAAAAGGUCACUGACAAGCUGCUGCUGUGUGGUACACGCUCCUGAUCAAGCGUGUGGCCAUAUGAGUCAUGAGGCACAGAUGCCUAGUUGCUAUGUAGAGCUACAGUCAAAAUCUCAUUAGGAUUUUGAACUUCAAUACUAUCUUUUCAGAAGAAAGAAGAAAAAAAAUGAAUGAUCUCAUUGUUAUCCUCACAGUAAAUGCUUUUGCUUUGAUGGUCUGUUAGAGGUUUGUUUGUUUGUUUCUGUUUCCCUCUGUUACCAAGAAACCCCAGAAGAAAGAGAGAGACAGAGAGAUAACCCUAAACCUAAACCAAAACCAAAACCAACAUCAAACUCAAAUCUUCUUAGCCAUUAUGAAUAGAAGAGAAAGCUUUUCUUGUUUUUGGUGAAAGAAUGAAAGAGAGUAAGCUGAGAAGUUUAUAAGCUUUUGCAUGUUCCUUUCUCCUCAAGUUUUUAAUAUCUUUCAUAAAGUCUCCACCUUUGAUUCUGUUUUUUUUUCUUUCUUAUCCAUUUAUCCUCUCUCAGUCUCUCACCUCAUAAUUCUAAGCCACAAAGGUUUCUUCACUCUUUCCUCUAGUAAACCACUUUUAAGAGAUCUUUCUCUCUUCAACUGUAAAUGCUAAAUGGAUCAAAGAGAUCCAAUGGGUUUAACCGGGUCAGGCUCUUACUACAUCCAAAGAGGACUACCCGGGUCGGUUCCUCCUACGUUUCACGGAUCCUCACAGCAACAACAAGGCCUUCGUCACUUACAUAACCCAAACUCUCCAUUCGGUUCAGGCUCCACCGGGUUCGGAUCUCCUCCUUUACACGGUGACCCUUCUCCAGCAGCAGCAGCAACUGGAGCUGUUCCUCAUCAUGUAGGCGUUCACAUGAUCUCUCCUCCUCCUCCUCCUCCUCCAACGAGUGAAACUCCGAUGAAACGUAAGAGAGGACGGCCUAGAAAAUACGGACAAGACGGUUCUGUUUCUUUGGCAUUGUCUUCUUCCUCUGUUUCAACCAUUAACAGCUCUAACAAACGCGGCCGUGGUCGACCUCCUGGCUCUGGCAAGAAACAGAGAUUGAGUUCCACCGGUGAGUUGAUGAUGCCUUCAUCUUCUGGAAUGAGCUUCACGCCACACGUGAUCUUGGUUUCUAUAGGAGAAGAUAUUGCAUCAAAGGUUAUAGCUUUCUCUCAACAAGGUCCAAGAGCGAUUUGCGUUCUAUCUGCUAGUGGAGCUGUCUCUACUGCAACGCUGCUUCAGUCAUCAUCACCUCCUGGAGCUAUUCAGUACGAGGGCCGGUUUGAGAUCUUAGCCUUAUCAAUAUCUUAUCUUGUCCCAACUGAUGGAAGUUUCCGGAAUAGAACUGGAAACUUAUCUGUUUCUCUUGCUAGCCCUGAUGGGCGUGUGAUUGGUGGUGCUAUUGGAGGACCUUUAAUAGCAGCUAGUCCUGUUCAGGUUAUUGUAGGGAGUUUUAUAUGGGCAGCUCCAAAGAUAAAGAACAAGAAACGAGGAGAAGAAGGUUCUGAAAAUGUCCAAGACACAAAUGAUCAUCAAGCUCUGGACAAUAAUAACAACACUGUUUCCCCUGUUCCUCAACAACACACACAAGGCCAAAACCUGAUAUGGUCAACAGGUUCAAGGCAAAUGGAUAUGCGCCAUGCUCAUGCUGAUAUUGAUCUAAUGCGCGGUUGAUGAUGUCACAGUGAAACCUGUGUGUAUAUAAAGCAUGGAAGCUAGGGAGAAGAAGAAGGAACAUAAGCUAACCUCUGAACAAACGUAUGUGGAAAUGUUAGGGAAACUGAAACUCUUGUGUGGUUUUCUUGAUUUUUAUGACUAUAGCAUUGCAGAGAAAUGUUCAGUCUCUAUGUCUGCUUGUAACAUUGAUUCUACUUCCUUGUAACAUCUUUGAUAUGAAUACAAAACAAGGGCCUCUUUGGUCAAGGUUUGUUACCA